GCUAGUGCGCAGCACAAGUGAAGAGAACAGCCAAAUUUAACUUUAUUACAACUAUUGACAAUGAUCCAAUAAAAAUAAGUCAGUCCGAAUACAAAGUUUAUAAGGAACUUAUCUUUGUAAAUAUGAAGGAUAUGAAUUAAUUAAAAGUGUUUUAUAUAGAAAAUGUAACAUUUUUAUAGCAAACAUUUCCAAGACAAUAGUAGCCUAUAUUUUACUUUUUAUAGCGUAGGCUAUAGUAGGCCAGUAGUUUUUUCUACUGGUAAAGCUGAAUUGAUUUACGUUUGAGAACGGUAUACAUUUUGGUAUAUGACAUUCAUUUUUGUAAUUUUUCUUCUUAAAUCCAUUUGAUCUCCAGCGAGUUAUUUUGAUUGCAUACGUUUAAAAAACAAUCGUUUUCCAUCGGGUGUGUAAACAACAUAGCCACGAGUUCUACAUUUAAAAACGCACACAAAAGAAAUCGACGCCCUGUGUAUCCAUCUGAGCGUUUGCACUGGUCGCCCCGCCCCUGGGGUUUUCAAUUCGCAUCCUAUCUGAGCCGCAGUUCAUUUAGGAGGACUAACUAGCUGCAGUUGUAUUGUGGGUGACACGUUCGUCUAGGCGUACUGAAGUCUACUGAAGUUACUAACAAGACAGUGACACCUGUGGCGUGUCGUUUGACAUAGUACUUCGCUUUUGUCUGUCGCGAGGUCUUCUAAUUUCUCUCGAGAGGGGAACACUUAACAUGAAGAAUAUGACUUUCCGGAGACUAAAGAAACUCAACUCCAACGACCCUAAUGAGGGUGGCACGUCGGACAGUGGUGAAAUUUACUUUCCUUCUUCUAAAUCGGACAGCUGUAGAACCACGGACUCUUCGAAAAACUAUUCCGAUGUUUACAAUUACAAGACCCUGGCUUAUUCUGGAGGGACGCUGCCCAGGAACUUCAGGAAGGGCGGCCUACAGAAAUGGAAGCCCCUGACGAAGUCUCCAGAGCUGCAAAGGAAAGUCAUUGUUCUUGAGAAGGAGGAGGAGGAGACGUUUGGCUUUGAGAUCCAGACGUACGGGCUGCAUCACCAGGACGAGAACUCGGUGGAGAUGUGCACGUUCGUCUGCAAGGUCCACGAGGGCAGCCCCGCCCACACCGCCGGCCUCAGAGUCGGGGACACCAUCGCGAGCGUGAACGAGGCCGUGGUGGAGGGAUGCAGGCACAAGGACAUCGUCCAGCUCAUACGGUCCUCCGGAAACUCCAUCAGGCUGGAGACAGUGUACAGUGACUCCAUACGGAAAGCAGAACUGGAGGCUCGCCUGCAGUUUUUAAAGCAAACCCUGCAUGAGAAGUGGGAGGAGUACAGGUCACUGAUGGUGCAGGAACAGAGGCUAGUUCACGGCAUCGUCAUGGGCGACGCGGCGGUGUACGAGUCGCUGGAGUCGGCGCGGGCGCUGGUGUACGGCAGCCUGGGCGCGCCCAGCCCGGCCGCGGUGCGCGCCCUCUACUGCGCCAGCAGCAGCGCCAGCAGCAGCGCCAGCCGGCUGAGCGAGGCGGCCGACGACGACCCGCUGUACCAGACCUUCGUGUGCCAGGAGGAGGCGGAGCCGCGGCCCGCCCGCCCCGUCAGCGCGCUCUACCCCGCCCCCAAGACGCAGCUGACCCGCAGCGCCAGCACCCGCAGCUACCUGAGGGGCGCGGCGUCGUCCUCCUCCUCCUCCUGCUCGCAGGGCGUGGCCGAGAAACCGAGCAGCCUGGGCUCCUUCCCGCGCAAGCCCAAGCCCAAGCAGAUGAGCUUUCGCCGGCGGCUGCUCAAGUUCAUCCCCGGGCUGAACCGAGCGCUGGAGGAGGAGGAGAGCAAGCUCUGACGCCCAGGCUGUGAAGAGGGAACCUGCCCCCAAACCUGUCCCCCACACCGCCUCAACCGGACCCAGAACUAUGACCCAACCCCCCCACCUCCAAAAAAAAAGAUCAGGCUCUGACGUUCACUCAACCUCUUCCCGCUCCCUCACCACAUCCUCAAACACCCCCCCCCCCCCCUCCCCCCACAUCCCCGCCUCCACCCCAUAUCUCCCAGCCGCACCCGCAUCUGUACAACUCUGGCCCCCGUCAGCACCCCCUUACCUCUCCAGCACCAUUCUGCCUCACACAAGGGCUCCUUGUACAUACUUUUUUUGUGGUUUUCUGUAUUGACAGUUAAGUUAUUUAUUUAUGAUCAUUUUUUGUAAAGAGGGCUGAAUUAUUUUUUUUAUAUAAACACUAAAGUAAAAAGAAAUGCCCGUAAGUCUGAUUGCUUAAUCACGAUUGUCGCCUUUUUAUAAGAGCUUUUUUUGCUUUGUUGUUUUGAAUAAUUUUGUUACUAUUUUUUAUUUCUUCAGGAAGCACAAGGGCUCCUCUGUUCUUUCACAAGAAAAUCUAAAAAUAAAUAUGUUGCAUUGAGCUGA